AUGUGCCUUCAAGAAGAAUCAUCUGUCCGACCCUUGAUUGGUGAUGUUGUUGCUGCUCUUAGUUUCCUGGCAGUACCUCAACCAAGUACUGCUCCUGCUUCAGCCACACCAGCAAAUGCCCCGCCAUCAGAGCAGAAGAUGCUCUAUGAAAUUGAGACCAAAAAGAAUAAACCGUCCCAAUCAGAUGACAGUUUACGGUAUGAUGAUAGUGAGAGUACCCAAAGUGGUUCUGAUCAGCGGAAUGGAGGAAGUUAUCAAAAAGUAGAAUUGGGAGAGAAAGACUGUAGUAGUCUAUAUUCAGGGAGAGGACAGAGCUUUGAUACUUUAGAGGAACACAUCAUUUACACAUCAGACUCAGAUAGUGGAGGUGGUAAUACCAAUUAUGAUGAUGCUGAAACCACAGAGCUUGAAGAUCCAGAAAGAUCAAUAGAUUCAAUUGCUAAUUACAGUUUGCACUCGGCCCGAAGUACUGACAGCAGCAUGCAAUCUGAUGCUGGAUAUAGAUCUUCGAAACAUGGAAGUAGUAGAAGAUCUUCACCAACAUAUGCUAAAGGUUCUCGUAGAAGAAAGCCAGUUGUGACAUUUAAGGAACCAAGUUUAAGUGCGAAGAAAAAUGGUACUAGAAAACCGGAAGGAGAAAAUAGCCAUUCAGACAGUAAUAAUCAGACAGUACUUUCUGCUGCUACAGAUGUCAGACAACAGCAGCAGCAACAACAACAACAACAACAAAAACAGCAGCAACAUAUACAAGAACCAAGCUCAAGUUCCUCAAGCUCAGGAAGCAGCAGUGAAUCUGAGGAAGAAAAUGGGUCUCCAAAACACAUGAAAGACACGCACAUUCCUCUACAGAAUAAUGGAUUCCAAGAACAAGCCACCAGUAGCCCAGACAGAUUUGAUAAUCAUCGAGUUUUUGAGCAACCUCAUAAAGAAAGUCCACAGCUACGGCAUCUUAAAACCAGGUGA